AUGGCGGAGAGCGGACGGCAACCUCGCUUGCUGGCUGGGGUACGGGUCGGCGGGCUCGGGCGGGUCACCAACCCGGAAUCCACUCUUCAACCGGCGUUCCUCUGGGCUCAUCAAGCCGGACCACACUGGUCUACAAAUACGGCACGCUUGGUUGGCACGUUUGAGCUGGGUGCAAAGGUUUCUUCACACGCCACCUCACCCAUCGCCUUUCAUCUGCUUGUUGCUUGCGGAACACAGCGUUUGGGCGCCCGGCUCGUCGACCUGCCUUCUUCGGCUGCCGUCCAGUCUCUUGUCUCUCAUGGCCAGAUAAAUGGCUCUGCUGCUGCGAACCUGGCUGUGACCUGGUCACUUGUUCAUGACCAUAUUGUGGCCAGCGGAUCAGCCGAUGGUGUCGCGCGUCUCUGGAAUAUCAGGCGGCACACGAAGGUGCACAACGGGCCAGUAAACGGUUUGACCUGGACAGAUGACGGUGCGUACAUUGUGUCUGCAGGUCACAAUCGCCAAUUUUCUCUGGCCACAACCAUCCGAAAUGAUUACAAUGGACAUAUGACAAUGUUUGUCUCGCCUUCACGACUUACUCCACGAAAGAAGGAGUUUUUGUUCUAUCCGAAUAAGAAUGGGAUGCUGGUUACAGGUUUACAUGAGGGUACCCUUAUUAUCAGGCUACGCGGCAUGGGUCCUGCUGUGGCAGCUACUCGUCAGAGGGGAGAACGAACGACCAGAAACUUUCUCUCCAGCACCAAUGUCGCUGAUGGCAUCUGCAGUGGACAUUCCGACGGACAUAUCCGUGCCUGGACACCCCAGCUAGAGGCCCUUGACAAGGAAGAUGAAAGCACCAGUAUCGAAGAGGCCACUGGAGCUCGAGUGAAGAAGCGCAAAGUGCUGGAUGAUGUUUUCCGAACCUUGAUGGGUAGGCAGGUCUCGUUUUCCUGA